GCAGCGAGGUCCACAUUACCUUGAGGGGUUUAUCUAAAUAACACAGAGAGAGAGAGAGAGAGAGAGAAAGGAACCGGUUUCAUAGCGAUGGGAGGCCCUCCACUAAAGAUAAGAGCUCUGAACAAGUUUUGCGCCGCAGUGUUAUAACAGUGCGGAAACCAUUACCACACAGGUCAGUCUAGGAGAGCCAGAGAGCACAGGAGAGGCAGGGAAAGCAACAGAGAAAGAUCAAAGGACAGGAAACAGAGAAAGGAGGUCUGAACGAGAAAAUAUUUAAACUGUUUUGCUUUAAUAGAAAGAAAGAGAAAAUAUUCCAGGCCUUUUAUUUCCGGAGAGAACGCCUGGAAUAAAUUGAACAAUGAUCUCGGCCAUUUCCAGCCCUUGGUUAACCCAGCUCUCUCAUUUCUGCGAUGUUGCAGCGUUUACUGCCAACAGUAUUAGCAGUCUGAAUUCGUCCGGAGCGUAUCACCUCGCGCCUUCUCCCGGGGAGCCGGGUCCUUACAACCACGAAAGCCAUUACGAGGCGUGCCCGGGCGCUCAGCACAGCGGUUACGGUAGCAGCUUCAGCGGCGGCGGUGGCGGCUCUGCCCCAGCCUCAGACAGCAGCACUGACCCUUCCAACUGCUCCUCUAUCACCGCGACCAGCAGCAGCAAAGCGCCGGUCAAGAAGAACCCGAAAGUAGCGAACAUCACGGUGCAACUAGAAAUGAAAGCCCUGUGGGACGAGUUUAACCAACUCGGCACAGAGAUGAUAGUCACCAAAGCAGGGAGGAGAAUGUUCCCGACUUUUCAAGUGAAGAUUUUCGGCAUGGAUCCGAUGGCUGACUACAUGUUGCUCAUGGAUUUUGUACCCGUCGACGACAAAAGAUAUCGGUAUGCUUUUCAUAGUUCAUCUUGGCUUGUAGCUGGUAAGGCAGAUCCAGCUACUCCAGGCAGAGUGCACUAUCAUCCGGACUCCCCAGCCAAAGGCGCUCAAUGGAUGAAGCAAAUCGUCUCUUUCGACAAGCUAAAACUAACCAAUAAUUUAUUGGACGAUAACGGUCAUAUUAUAUUAAACUCGAUGCACAGAUACCAGCCGCGGUUCCACGUCGUGUAUGUCGACCCCCGGAAAGACAGUGAAAAAUAUGCCGAGGAAAACUUUAAAACAUUUCUAUUCGAGGAGACGAGAUUUACAGCGGUCACGGCCUAUCAGAACCAUCGGAUAACACAACUGAAGAUCGCCAGCAAUCCAUUUGCAAAAGGAUUCAGAGACUGCGAUCCUGAUGAUUGUUUUGUACCAUAUUUUAGGCCGAGGAAUCACAGGCCUGGGUCUUUACAGUUAAUCAGUGCUUUCGCCAGAAACAGGAACGCAGUGUCUUCACCACAACAGAACGGCAGCGAGAAAGAUGCGGACUCCAGAGGCGAAUAUGACCGGGAUUCCAACCGGACGGCCAUGCACCCGGACCACCCCCAUCAGCAGCAGCUCAUGUCGCGGGUGCUGAGCCCGGCUCUCCCCGGCGGAUUGCACCCGCUCACCCGGCCAAGCCCUCCACACGAACUGCGGCUGGAGCCUCACCCGCAGCCGCCGGACAGCCUGCACCACACCUACAAGUACCGUUCGUACCAUGAUGCUUACAUCGGUGCCAAAGCCAGGCCUACCCCUUACCCGCUGUCUGGCAUAGCGAGCCACGGCUACCAUCACAUGAACCCGACUGCAAACAUGUACCCUGCCAGUGCAGCGCCCACUAACUAUGACUAUGGGCACAGAUAACGUCAAAGACGAGAAUGGGCUAGGUACUUGUAACUUUUUAAUAAAAGGAACUACUCAUGCUGCAAACUGAAGAAGAUGCACAAAUCAAAGGGGGAAUAACCUGUCUCUUGGUUUUAAUGGAACUGUUGCCACCAUUUGCAGCUCAAGGGAGCUGCAAGUUGGUGAAACUCAAUAUUUCACUUGAAGGGUCAGUGACUGCGCGGCUGCUGUUUUGAUAGCCCACUGACCAAUCGCAGUGCAGCUGGAAGGAGGGUUUCAGUCGUGAUUGGUCGGAAGCCUGGGCAACUGCAAUUGCCGACUUGUGAUUGGUGAUAUUCUUUAUUGAUUGACGUGCGCUUCGCCAAUCGGCGGCCGCAGGCUGGUAGGUUCUGACCAAUUGGGGAAAAGGCGUGGGUGGGUGUUCCCAAGCAGGGCUGUCCCACGUGGUCGACUGGAAGGCCAGGGCGUGAGUGACUGCACUAAGGAAAAUGAAUAGGAACCUCACACUGCAACUGGAGUUUUUAUUAUGGUGUAUUUAGACGGCAGAAAAAAAAGGUGGCUAGUUGCACUUUCAGCUUUGAGAGAAGCCAUAUGUUGUUUGCGAUGGUGUCGAUGGCGACAAUUUCACAAGGGCAAAUAACCACGCAGCUAAAGGCUUAACCCGUUCCUGUGUUAUAAAAGAGUGUGCUUUGAAUGUAUCAACGGUGCCUACCGUCAUCCAGGCUACAGAGACAUUUAUUUGAUUGCGUGUUCCUACCCGGUGGCCUCGUAGACAAAUUAAGUAGACAUCACAUUCCCAGUGCAUUAAGUAUUAUGUUUUUAAACGAAAGUAAGAAAUCAUUUCAGAACUCACCAUGAAUUAUCGUUGAUAAGUUAUGCAAUGCAAGUUUAAAGCUACCUACUGAUCCCAGCAUUUGUAAUAUUUUAAUUUAAUAUAUAUGUGUAUUUCUCUCGUUUUUGUGUGCAGAUUGCAACUAAAUAUAUUUGGGAAAUGGAUGUGAGGAUGUAUUUUACAUUUAUUACUGUGCUACUGUUAAAAUACAGGCACCCGCCAUGAGACAAUCAGCCCGAUCCAGAGAUUUCAUUGCGUUACCUUCAUGUCGGAAAUUUAAAUCACUCGCAUUUCUUGUUCAGUCUGAUGUCUAGCAGAGAAUGCCCUAAUUUCUGCAUGGGUUCUGAAACAGGAAGAGAGAUGCAAAAACUAAUUGCCGAUUAGUCGGUUGCUAUUUGUGAUAUGUUGAAAUAUAUCCACACACACACAUUCACGGAUAUUACCUGUUGAAAUUAUAGUGCCAAAGUUUGGUUAUUGCUGAAUUUAACGCGGAAUGAAGUUGUUGGUAUUUAUUAUUCCUUGCAAUGUGGAUGAUUCAAAUGAUUAUAUUAAUAACAGAGGGGCUGCAUGAUAGAGUGACAGUAACCUAAGGGAUGGCAACUUUAAGGGCGGGGUAGUGUAGAUAAGUGUAGAUACUAAACAUGUAGAUACUGUAUAUUUAGAUAGUUACCGUUACUUUUUAGUGGCUGAUGAUGUUUUAACGUGAAAACGAUGUUUGUUGUAAAAUGGCUUUCAUAUUUUUUUAAAUGAACCAGCGUGUUGUAAUUUUCUAUAUAAACUGGUAACUUUAAAGGAAAA